AUGUCGUCACUCAAGAGAAGCCCACCUUUCCGCGCCGAGCACGUCGGAUCUUUGCUUCGACCCAAGGAGCUUGUGCAGAAGCGUUAUGACGUUGCCUCGGGCAAAGCCAAGCAAGACGAGCUCGAGCCUCUCGAAGACAAGUCAGUUGCGGACGUUGUGAAGCUGCAGCAGGACUGCGGCCUUAAGGUCGUUUCCAGCGGCGAGUAUACCAGACACAUGUUCUGGGGUACCUUCUUCGAGACCCUCAAUGGUAUGAAGGAGCUACAGCUUGGCGUACUGAAAGGCUACGACAAGGAUAUUUUCCGCGCUUAUGCACCCGAUGUAAAGUCAUUCAUGGAAGCGAAGGAAGUCCCCAACCAUGUGACCGUCUGCGUCGAUAAAAUCAGCCAUCCCGGCCAAUCGAGCAAUCAACGCGAAGUUGAUCUCAUGAAGAAGCUGCUUCCCGAGAGCGAGUGGAAGAACAUCAAGAUCACUUUGAUUUCGCCCUCAUGGUACCAUUUCCGCUACAUGAACGGACGAAGCUUCCCGAAGGAAGUAUACGCGAAUGAUGAUGAAUACUUUGAAGAUGUCGCAAAAGCGUAUCAGGAGGAGUUGAAGAUUCUGCACUCGCACGGUAUCAGGAACAUCCAGAUCGACGACCCCAACCUGGCAUACUUUUGCUCACAAGACAUGUUGGAAGGCUGGGCUGCUGAUAAGACCAACGACAAGACUGCUGAUGAGAUGUUCGAUUCAUAUGUCAAGUUCUACAACAAAUGCUUCGAGCGACCUGCGGACAUGCAUCUCGGCAUUCAUCUCUGCCGUGGCAACUACGUCGGUAGCCGCCAUUUCUCCGAGGGCGCAUACGACAACAUCGCAAAGAAGUUGUUCCAGGACCUCAACGUCGACACAUACUAUCUUGAGUACGACACGCCUCGUGCCGGUGGUUUCGAGCCGCUUGCGCACCUUCCUAAGAACAAGAACGUUGUUCUAGGUGUCAUCACAUCCAAGUUCCCCGAGCUCGAGAACAAGGAGGAGAUGAUCGCUCGUGUCAACCAGGCUGCUGAUUGGAUUGCCAAGGGCACUGGCCAAUCACGCGAAGAUGCUAUUCAGCAGUGCUGCGUCAGCCCCCAGUGUGGUUUCGCGUCGCAUGCAGAGGGUAACUCGCUGGGUUACGAGGAUAUGAGGAAGAAGCUGCAGCUGGUGAGGAGUAUCGCUGAUGCGGUAUGGCCAGGUCAGCCGUAG